UUUCAUCAAAGCCCUAGAGGCCAAUUUCGACCAACGUGUGUACAUGUAUAUAUGGGCAAACACCCUGGCCUUCUAUCUCACACACUCUCUCAUCUAUCCCUCUACCUAGGCACACCCUAGCUUUUGACUAGUCUGUAGAUAAGAGCAAGCUCAAUCAUACACAACUGUUCUUCGUCCUGCUCGUCGAAAUUAUUAGCAUCAAUCGAAGCUCGCUAGUCAAGCAUCAGAUUUCUUGUUCCUGGCAGAGAUGGCAUUCUCAUCGACAACGAACACAUCUGAUGGCGCCAGAUCGUCAUCAUGCCCGAGAGGCCACUGGCGGCCUGGGGAGGAUGAGAAGCUUAAGCAGCUGGUCAAGAAGUAUGGGCCGCAGAACUGGAACUCCAUUUCUGAGAAGCUGGAGGGGAGAUCAGGCAAGAGCUGCCGGCUCCGGUGGUUCAACCAGCUGGACCCUCGGAUCAACAAGCGGCCGUUCACGGAGGAGGAGGAGGAGCGGCUGCUCAAGGCCCACCACGCCCACGGCAACAAGUGGGCGCUCAUCGCCCACCUCUUCCCCGGCCGCACGGACAAUGCCGUCAAGAACCACUGGCACGUCGUCAUGGCGCGCCGCAGCCGCGAGCGCUCCAGGCUCCAUGCCAGGGCCGCAAGCUCCUCCCAUUCCUCCUCGCCAUCCUCGGCGUAUCCCUUCGGCACCGGCUUGCCGGCGACGAGCUCGCUCUGCUUCGGCUUCUCCAAGCUAGGCGGCGGUGGCGGUUUGUUCAGCUCGCCGGCGGCUUCUCCUCCCACGUCACUGUUCAAGAGGUUUGGCACAGCUAAUGGCAGCAAGGGCUUGCUGGGGCCGAAUUACGAGGUGGCGAGGUACAGCACCUACAGCGGCAAGCAACCGGCGCCUCCUGUGUCCAUCACCUUCUCCACUCCAAGAGAAGCGCUGUCUAUGGACAUCGGCCACCAUGGCCGCCAUGAACACCGACAGAAGGAUUACCAUGCCAGCGACGGCGAAGAGGCACUGAAGAGGAAGGACGUGCCCUUCAUCGACUUCCUCGGCGUCGGUGUGUCCUCAUAAGAUAAAUUGUGUUCUCGGAAGAUCAACUGGUGAUCAAUCAAGUGUAUUGAUCGGUGUUGUUUCUUAGGGCAUCAUCUCUAAUUAAAUUGCAUGCACUAGUUCAGGAGAAGCAUAUGCAAGCAGGGUUAGACCACCAUCGUUCAGGUUAUUAGGGCAUUGUGAUCAUGUGCAGAACGAUCGAUCAAAUAAGGUUCAAGACACAUGGUUAAUUCCUUCAGUGUUGAUUGCUUAGUCUACUGAAGUAUUGUGUUGUUUAUCUUGUGAUUAGUUGGUGAUCUGAUCCAUCGAGUUCAGAGUUUUUGCAGCAAAACUCAUGCAUGGGCUCCAUAUUAUCUGUACUCAUCUAGAAAACUAAACAUGCAUGGUGUGACCUAAUA